CUUUAAACCAUGACAUUGACAAAGUGUAACAGGGUGUGUGGAGUGGAGUGCGUUGUUCGCGAGCUUUGCAGUUUAUCGUCGAUUUUAAGGUACCUUCAGAAAAAAUAUGACACAGUCGCAGAUAUGUAAAUUCUACGAUGGUCAGCACGUCUUCAUAACUGGAGGUAAUGGAUUCAUAGGCAAAAUUCUUGUAGAAAAACUUCUCAGGAGUACGAACGUGGCAAUUAUUUAUCUUCUAAUGCGAACAAAAAAAGGAAAAGAUGUGUAUACACGACUCGAAGAGUUGUUGAAAAAUGAGAUUUUUAAUGAAUUAAAGGAGCAAGAUGCUGAUUUUAAACGCCGCAUACAAGUAAUAGUUGGCGAUAACACCUUGCCAAAUUUGGGGAUAUCAAUUAGUGAUUAUCAAACCCUUAUAUCUAAAGUGAACAUCGUUUUUCACGUCGCCGCAACUGUUCGAUUUCAAGAAGAGAUCAAAUUUGCGUAUGACACGAACGUAGGUAUGACUAUGGCAGUUAUAGAUUUAUGCAAACAGAUGAAGAACAUAAAGUCGUUCAUGUAUGUGUCAACAGCAUAUUCUAACUGUUAUCUUCAGAACAUCGAUGAAGUAUUUUACGAUAAUUUAGGUUUCGACUAUAAGGAAGUAAGAAGUAUACUAAAUGAACCAGACGGACCAGAAAAACUAACUAGAAAAAUUUUGCAGAAGUGGCCAAAUACUUACAGUUUCACUAAAGCUCUUGCGGAACUCGUGAUUAAAGACUUCGCCAAUAAUUUGCCUACGGGAAUAUUUCGACCCUCUAUAGUCAUUUCCACGUAUAAGGAACCUUUGGAAGGGUGGACUGACAGCCUUGGAGGACCCAACAUUCUCGUGGCCACCAUAGCUUCGGGCUUUUUACGAUUUUUUUGUUGCGACGUUAGGUUUGUGGUUGAUUUAGUACCAGUGGAUAUGUCGGUGGCAGCACUAUUAGCAAGUGCUUGGGAUGUACAUCAGAAUUACAAGCAAGGACAGAAUAACAUCCCCAUCUACAAUUACGUCUCGUCUGUGGACAAUCCAAUCACUUACGAUGAAUUUAUCAAGCUAAACGUUAUGGUUCAUACUGAACGUUAUCCUUUUAACAAUUGUUUAUGGACGCCUAGAGCGACAGUACUGAGGAGAUCCACAAUUGUGAAUUUUUUGUUAAAUACGACAUACCACUACCUUCCAGCAUUGUUGGUAGACGCAGUUUCAGUACUUUGUUUUAAAAAGCCGCGUAUGAUAUCGAAAUACAGAAAAUUUAAUACUUCGCGUUACCAGAUGGAAUACUUUAUGGCUCACGAGUGGACGUUCACUAAUACGAACGUAAAAACAAUAUGGAAUAAAAUGAAUGAAGCGGACAAAGCUAUAUUUCCCUUUGAUUUAAAACCAUUUAAUUGGAUACUAUAUUUUAGGAAUUACUUUAAAGGGAUCAGAUCAUAUUUGGCGAAAGAGCCUUGGCAGAAUCUUGUUAGUGCUAGAAUUAAAGCAAAAAGAUUAAAAAUUGCCCAUCAGUUGCUUCUCUUUAUAAUUUAUUUUAUUGGGAUGACUAUUUUUUAUAAAAUAUUGCAGAAAACGAUCCCCCUUAGGUACCUGCGAUUUAAUAUGUUAAGGAAAAACCGAAUUUGAAUACCUCUCUGUUUACCUGGGAAUCAAUAAAAUUUACACAAUUUACAAAUGUGCCAGAAAAUAGUUCUAUGUGUUCAAAU